GUUGCGUGACAUUUCAUGGGUAGAAAGAAUCAUCCCGCUAUAAGCUAUUCAUUAUUUUACUCCCUAAAAAGGGUAUUUUUGUUUUGAGUGCAAUACAAAUGGGGCAUAGUGACAAUUUAAGUAAAUAAACCUCCUUAUUCAUCUGCGGGUAUCUCAUAUAACAUUGAGGUGCACAAUGAACUGAAGCCCCAAAGUACCGCUUCACAGUGCAAGCAAGACGUGUUGUGUUUGGGAUUAUGUUUGGACUAUUUAGGGACGUUUUAACGUUCUAAUUAGUUGAUUCGGAAGUAAUAGUUGCCCUGUGUAAAAUGUCGUGUUUUCUCUGUAAGAAAUCCGGACUUAAAUUGGUCAACUUUAACAAGGCCAUAUUCGGGCCGGAUCAAAACACCAUUAAGGCUGAUGUGACCGAAUUGGUGGGAAGAGAGAUGGCUGACAUUAUUGAUGACAGCGAGUGCUUCUGCAUAGUAUGCAUCCACGUCCUGGACAACUUUGUCAAACUAAAGCAGAGUGUCAUGACGAUCAUUUUAAACCCUGAAGCUACUUUUACAGCUAUAACACCCGGUUUAGGUCCAUUUUGGCACUUUGUCGCCCAGAACAUUAAGAAAAAAGACCCGGACGUUGACUAUUACAACCCGUCGCCCCCCGUUACUAAUGUUACAACGACGGCUUCGCCUUCGACCUCUUUCAGUCAAGAAAACUCCUCUUCGCGAGGCCCCACGCCUUUACUACUUGUAACUAAUGUGAAAACUUAUAACGAAACCCUCGAAAGAUUUGUGGAAAAUCGGGAACGCAUUCGGUCGGAGUCCAGAAGAGAGAGAGACCUUCAGAGUGAAAUAGUUGGCAAGAAACGCGGUAGGCCCAAAGAGAACCGAUCGGACUCCACCAUAAGGAAAAUGAGGGACGACAUAAUCAGUUCUUUGAGCGAACAUUCCAGUCGUCCAGUGAGUACAACUUCAGAAAUGUCGAUCGUGAGCUAUAAGGGAGACAGUGACAGGAGGUCGAAGAGUAGGUCGGUUUCGCGUGGUUCCAGAAAACCUGGUUCCCAGUUUGCGGAUUUCUCUGCCCUAGAGGUGAGCCGGAAAAAGGAAAUUGAAGAAAGCGGGUUUGUAUGCACGUUAUCCGAGUGCAAAAAUAGCGGCCGGGAAUCGUUUACUAUCUCCAAUUACAACAAGCAUAUGCGGGAGGUGCAUAACCGGAUGUGUCUCUACCGAUGUGUGGUUUGUGGAAACGAAUAUUUCACGAAGGAACAAUUAGAUGAACAUACUUCGGAGAAACACGACGUUUCGCCCAUACUGUGCCGGUUAUGCUUAAAAAUGCAAGAGAACUCGCGUUCUUUCCAGGCGCAUCUAGACGAGCAUCGCAGGUACCAAAAGUGUUGUAGCCUGUGUGAUUUAUCGUUCCUGACCAAGAAGGAUCUCAAUCAUCAUAUUUAUUUAAGUCAUAGGAGGAAAGGUGUCGACUCCAAACGCAUAUUCACCGAAUCCAGACAACAAAUAGGAAUCAAACGUGUAAUAAUUUACAAGCCGGAGGUGCCGAAUCGUUGUUUACCGGUCACGAACAACGACCGGUACAGUUACCGGAAAAUAAACAUUCAGAGAAACAGUAGAGGUCCGGAGGAGUUUAGACCUCGCAACUUUAAGGAACUCUUUCACAUACAAAAGGAGCGCAGAAACAAGAGGACCGUAAACGGUUUACGGUACGUCGGCGCGAGAAACAGGAAGAUAUUCCCAUUGGGAGAUUCCGUUUAUUAUAACGAGAGUCUCGACGAUACCAUCCAAAGGUCCGAAGCGUGUUUUCCUUCACCGUACACUUGUCCUACGGAGGACGAGUAUCGGCCGUCAAGUAGAACUGUCGCGCCAUACGAUCGGUUCCAUUUUGCUUAUGACGAUGAUGUCAGGUUCGUGGAUUAUGACGACGAAGUGGAGGAGAUAAAUCGGUACCAUUCGGGACGGUCUGAAUUCGGUAGAUCCGAAUCUGGUCGAAGUUCCCGGUACGGAAUGUGCGACAGCCGAACGUCUCAGUACAGUUCGUCGCAAGAAUCUGCGGUGCAAAAGUUCGAGACUGACAGUGAGGAGGAAAAUCGUGAAUUGCACGAACUCAAUAAUCACGAAGACGACGACAGUUUGGAUUCCGAACCGCAUUAUUACGGAGACUGUCCGCCGCCAGAAGAACAACAACAAAACAAUUCCGAUGAGAGCUAGUGAAACUGUCCAUUGUAGAUGUUGUUUAUUAGAUCACUAACUAAGUGAGACUUUAUGAGUAGGUUAAAUAGAGCUCUAUUUUCGUUGGUAGAUGAAUGAACACGUUAGUUUUGAGAGUAGGGGACCUGUUCUUACUGAUCUUGACUUUGCAAUCAAAUGUUUUCAAGCAGCUUCAGGAAUUACAGUGUCACACCUGUAAUCUGGGAUUGAAAUACCCAAAACCAUUUUAAUGGCAAUAGUAGCCCAAGAAUAUUCAUUGACUAAGUAAAAGCAACAAAGUUUGGGUGAAUUUAUAUACAGAUGUGUGAUAUUGCUUCAGAUCCUCAGGCCUACUUUAUAUCCUUUUUGUUUAAAUUGAUACACACAAAUUCACGUGAUAAACUAUCUGUACCUUAUUUAGUGUUUAACUUAAAUUUCUCUUCUGCGAUAUUGUACGAUAAAUAAAAAAAAUGAAAAUGUUUUAAGAUUUCUAGUGAUCGAACAUUAAAACUCAUAAAAUGGUCAUUUCUAUGAUGUUCACUUUUGUUUCGAGUCAUUACUUACUCGAACUACAUUGGUGCAGUUAGUUACAUGGUGGCAACCCAGAAGGUGUGUUUAGUACACAUUUUUUUUUUAAAUAGUACUAAAUGCCAUUAAUAAUUUGUACUAAAAAUAGCCUAUUUCACGUAGUUUCGACCCAAACCCAAAGUUGCUAUUUGAUUAAACGAGAUCUCAACAUAUCUUACUAGAAAAGGUAAUUAUCGAUUUACAAUCACUUUUUGUAUUCCAAAAACCCUCUCUAACGUUUCCUUCUUUUAGAGUUACUGUAAAAACGUAACCUCCUUUAGUGUACAUACAAACAUUGUAAAUACUUUGGUUUUAUAUAAUACUAUGCACAUAAGAGUCUAUUAUUGUAAUUAGUCAGUAGACGUUGUUAGCCGAUAAAGCACAAUAGAAAGAUUUUGCCCUGUUUCUGAAUUAAAUUAAUUAAGACAAAGUACAACCUGUAGAAGUAAUAAAUAAUAAAUGGCAGCAUCUUUCUUAACCACCAAAGUUUCGUUAAAAACAUGUGUUUGUAGAUUAUAUUUUGUAUAUAUAAAUAUAGUUUUUUUUUUGACAAGAAUCAAUAA